AAAUGGAAGCAAUGAACUCAUUUCAAAACAGUGGAGAAACUGAUGAUUUUCUUCAACAAAUUCUCAGUUCAGUUCCUACUUCUUCUUCUCCAUGGCCUGAUAUGAUCUCCUCAGGUGACGCUCAAACACCGUAUAAUUUCGAGGAACAACAGUCAACUCUCUUAGCUUCAAAACUCAGACAACAUCAGAUCACUGGUAAUGGUGCUGCUGCUGCUAAAGCAUUAAUGCUUCAACAACAGCUUUUCAUGUCUACAGGACUUGCUGCUAAUGGUGACCAAAAUGAUGAUGCUUUAAAUCCGGGAAAUGACAUUUCAGUUCAAGCUCUUUUCAAUGGAUUCGCUGGAUCUCUUGGUCAAACCUCUAAUCAAUCUCAGCAGUUUCACCAUUCUCAGAGUUUUGGAGCUCCAGCAUCUUCGACGAUGAAUCAAACGCCGGCGGCGAGUGGUUCAGCUGGGCCAAAGCAACAGAAAGUUAGGGCUCGAAGAGGACAAGCAACUGAUCCUCACAGCAUUGCUGAAAGAUUGCGGAGAGAGAGAAUUGCAGAGAGAAUGAAGUCGUUGCAGGAGUUGGUACCCAAUGCCAAUAAGACAGACAAGGCAUCAAUGUUAGAUGAGAUCAUCGACUAUGUCAGGUUCCUCCAGCUCCAAGUCAAAGUUCUGAGUAUGAGCAGAUUGGGAGGUGCUGCAGCUGUUGCUCCCCUAGUUGCAGAUAGGUCCUCUGAGGGAGGAGGUGAUUGUGUACAAGGAAAUGGAGGUCGGGGGAGUAACGGAACGACAUCGUUGUCAAACAAUGACACCUCCAUGACAAUGACGGAGCACCAGGUUGCAAAGCUGAUGGAAGAAGAUAUGGGAUCAGCCAUGCAAUAUCUUCAAGGAAAAGGCUUGUGCCUUAUGCCAAUUUCCUUAGCCACAGCUAUUUCCACUGCCACGUGUCACUCCAUGAAACCCAACAACCCACUACUACUCGGUGGCGGAGGGCCGGCCACCAAUGGUGGUGGUGAGACUGGCGGUGGGCCGUCUUCUCCUAGCUUGUCGGCUUCCACCGUCCAAUCGGCCACGAUGGGUGGUGGGGCUUGAGUUGGUCCUUCUAUCCCAAUGUGACCUGUUUGGAAAAAAAAAAUGAUAAAUUCUUCUUUUAUUUAAAAGCAAUUUGAUGUUAAAUUUUUGGUUUUAUUUUCUUAUGAAACGAUUUAUAAUCAUACAAAUAUUGAUGAUUUAUUUUA